AUGGCGUGCUGCAACAGCGAGAAGAAGACCAACUCCAGCAGCCUCCCCGUCUCGCCGCUGCUACGCAAUGCACUUCUUCUUCUGCUGCUGCUGCUUCAUUCGCCUUCGGCGCGCGCUGUCACGUUCGACGCUAGCGCUGAUGGCGACGGGUUCGAUCUUUACGAAGCCAUGGACUUGGCUCAGGCCGGCGAUACGGUGAACCUCCAAGACGGCACCUACGACAGCGCCCUGGUGUCGGUCAGGGGCGGCGAGUUCGGCAGUCCGAUCACCGUGUCCGGCGGGCCGGGGGCUAUCAUCAAGGGAUCCUACAGCAGCCGCUCCGUUCUCAUCACGCACAGCUUCAUCACGCUCAAGGGAUUCACCGUCGAGGGAAAGGUCGGAACUUCGGACACCGACGAGGCUUCUUGGGUGAACAAAUGCGUGUACGUGGAAGGGCCUGGGUCUCAGUCGUCCGCCGUCCUCGACGGGUUCGUCAUGGAGGACAUGAUAGUCCAGAACUGCGGGGGAGAGUGCGUGCGCCUGAAGGACUCCGUGGUCAACGCCCAGGUCACGGGAAACACCAUCUCAAACUGUGGCGUCCACGACUUCAUGUUCAACUCGGGGGACAAGAACGGAGAAGGGGUCUACAUCGGCACUUCCAGCACCCAGUGGACGAACGGGGAGGACACGUGCAACGACAACCUGGUCUUCGGGAACCGAAUCUCGACGAGCGGCAACGAGUGCGUCGACAUCAAGGAGGGUGCCUCCGGAAACGUUGUCGAGAACAACAUCUGCAGCGACCAGCUGGACGCGGAAUCCGGCUGCUACGACUCCCGGGGCGACGGAAAUACCUUCCGCGGCACCGGAGAUGGGUCCGCCUCGAACGAGAGUGGUGACGACGACGACGACGACGACGACGGUUCUGGCUUCGUCACACCGCUGUCCGAAGACGAUGAUGGCGGUGAGGAGGCACAGGACAGCGAUGACGACGACUUCCGUGUCUCCGCUGACGCGGAUUCCGACGACGACGACAACAACGAAAUACAUGAUGAUAACGUCUACUACUACCCCUACAGCGAGGAAGAAGAGGAGCUCGACAGCGACGUUGAUGACGACGACGACGACGACGACGACGACUUCCGCGCUUCCUCCGACUCUGACGAAGGCAGCAGCAGCCGGAGCAGGUCUCACAGGCGGGAAGACGACGAUGAGGAAGCAGCCACCGCUACCACCGACGACGACGACGACGCUGACGACUAUGGCGACGACAACGGUGACCAAUUCGACAGCGACGACGAGUCGGAGCGGCGAGAUCGCCGCCGCUUGAGGGGCGGUGCUGGCCGGGCCUCAUAGGCGGGGCUGGGACUCAUGGACGGUGGCGGCCGCAGAGGUGCGGUCUUGCCUCGGGUCGUGCAGACGGCGGCGAUACAACAACCUCAGUCAACAGGUAGCUCUGACGGUCGGAGAGUUUCGUGGGCAUCGCGAAACCCGCCGCCAACUGAGCCGUGUGGAUAUUGCUAGAAUGAAUGAGGCAAGAGCUUGGACCCAGGGCGAUUUGCUUUGUCAAGGUGGCUCGAGCGAUGCGUCGAACGGGGCGCUGCCAAUAUUCCAACGCAGCCGGGACAAAAAAAUUGAAUCCUGGGGGCAGUGAUGGAGCUACAAUUAGGAGGAGGGUAGGGGGUGGGGGGGGGCACAACGUGAUUUUUUUUUUAAUUUGUUUUGCGGGGGACAACAAUGUCGCUUUUGUUGUUUUUCAUUUGCUUUCUGGGGGGGGUGUCCCCGCUACUAUGAGGUCCACAGUCAUGGAUAGAGUCUUUCCGCCACGCUUCGAAAGCGCUCUACACUUUCUCACACUGUUUGAGCUUUUACCCCUCUGCGACCGCUCUAGAUUUUGUGAUAAUUUUUUCCGGUGGUCUCCCAUUUGGCAACACGGUAGCAUAUAGAAGAAGGUAAAUUUUGAAUUUCAGGCUCGACCUCGCGAUUUUCCUGUUCCAAGAGAGACAUGUGUGACACACUUCACCCAUUAAAUGCGGGAACGCAAGUGCAUCGAUUUGUUGAUUUGCCAGUACAUACUAACCGUGGUGCUCGUUGGGUAAUGUUGACUAUUCGACCGGCAGGGUCCCCGAGAGCGAUUGGUUGUGAGUGUCGUCAAGGUACUCCGUGUGUUGAAGUGCGCUUGAUGGACCCUUGUUCAGUGGUCAGAUGCAGGCCGAGGCUAUAGAAAUCGUGCUUAUGCUUCUGCGAGAUCCAUGCAGUAGCCAUGUGUGUGGGGCAUGUUGCGUAUACCCGGGGAGGGAGGAGGGGGGGGGUGUUCCGUAGUAGGUGGUAAGAGAGUAACGGCGAGAAUAGGGAUGCGCGCGCGGGGAGGUUGUUGGACGUUGCUUUUUUCGUGGACUGGUUCAUGUAGUGUUGUAUAACGCCGUAGUUUCACUUGAUAAGCUAAUCGUUCGUCUUGCUCAUCAAAGUUGUGUGGGCUGUUGGUUGGUCUUUAAAUACGAGAGUGUUUUUGAUGGCAUGUGUUUGUUCCGCGCCGAUGCGGCGGGAUUUAUUUGUGAUCGCUGUGGUGAGGACGUUUGGUUGUUGUGGUAAGAUCGUGUGAGGUUUGACGUGUGGGGUUAUCAACUCUCGGUCGUCAAAUAUCUCGAACAUCGUUCUACUACAGUGAGCUUUGCGCUUGCACACGCGCACACAGGCGCGCAGCGUGCAGUCCUGGUGUCUAUACUUCCUUACCCUGUUUUCACUCGGGUGUCGUGUGGGUGUGUUGUAAUGAGAGGGAAAUGGGUACUUCGGACGGUCACGGUUUCACUCAUGAGCGGAAAAGCAGAAACCCUGCUACUACUACUGCAUGCAGUUACACAUGCAUACAUUGUAGAUGUGGAAGGAAACCAUUUGCCCCUAGCGUAGCGUGCUGUGUGAGACCGUCGUUUGUAAAGAAUUGAAAAAGAAGCGCAGUCCUAUAGCUAUAACAGACGCGCCUGUCAGACGGUCAGGGGGGUUUCAAGACUUGGGACCAUCGAUUUUGUUGAGCAGACCAUGCUACUGGUGAUGGUGUCGUCGAGUGUGCGCUAGAAGUCCGCCGCCGCUGAAAGAUAAUGCAUGGUGGAAAUUUUGUGCUGGAUAGGGAUGGAUGGCUUGUCGGGAACAUAGUGAGUUGUGGUAGUAUUGGAGUGAACGAACGGCAGUAGGAAUGGAUAUCAUGACCAACAACGUGCUACAGCAAUAGUGCCGUCAAAACGGAGUCGUAGUAUGUAUCUAUCCCUUGAUCCAGGGGAACAAGAGACAGUCAUGCAGGCCUGCACAUGGCGAGGUUUUGUCAUCUUCCCCUUGUCAUUCUAUCACAGAAAAGUCGUAGUCUACAUAAUGUAAGACUUUUAUUGUGGCUGGAAACGUGUGUGUGUGCCGUUGUCACGGUGUUUGUUCCCUUCUCUGUUGCUUUUGCUGUGAUGUGUUUUGUUAGAUAUCGUCGCUGUUGUUCGUGGCGCUGCUCCACGUCGCUCGGCGGUGUGACUUGGCGCUCAUUGGUCCGCGGGUGUGAAACAAACCAUAGAACGCAGCGUACCAGUCCACUUAGACAAGCACUUCACUUGGCUUGCUGAUGUCCAAAGUAUGUAGGACUGAAACUCGUCGUCCUUGUUGUAGAUGCGUGUAACAUCGAUCCGCUGUAUGGUGGGUUGAUUCUGUGCAGCUAGCUGCUGUUUCGUUGUUGAGUGGCUGAAAAUUGUGAGCAGACAUGGAGUAGGCUACCCAUCCGUCCUGCAUGCGAUUUCUGCGUCAAGUUGGUUGCAAUAGGCGGACGACAAAGUGAAAGUAGAAAUCCCGUCAGCCGUACGUAGGUAGUAGGUUGUGAGUUUUGGGUACGCACGUGCAUGUAGACUAUGUGUUGC